CACUUCAGUCUAUGUCAUGGAAAGAGCAGGUGUUCCUAAUGUUUGUGCACUCAGUGUAUUUACGACUGUGUCAGGGCUGCAAUUUUGUGUUUGUGUGUGUGUGUUUUUAGAGCAGGGUUGGAUCAACUUGGAUGGAUGUAGACCCAACAUGAGUUAGGAAUUUUUUGCAGACAGUUGUGAGGAGGAGAUACGAGGGCGCCAGCCCUCCAAGGCUCAGAGCACCUUGUUUCAAUUUGCGCUCAGAGUGACUAAUAACAUUCCAAUCAAGUUAUUAUUGCUCCAUUAUUGUCUGGCAGGUGGCCUGCUGCAGUCAAGACAGUACAGAGCAGAGCAGAGCGGGAGGGACCAGGGGAUAGAAUGGUUCGCCUCUAGCCAUCUUAGCAGUUAGCACCCCACCGCCCUACACCAGACACCAAGACCAGAUGAAUCUAUCGUCACACUGCUCCCAGUCCAACCUUCCAAGGGUCUUUCUCUCCCACUUUCUCUAUUCUUCUCUCUCAGGGCAGUCUGCUCAUUCUCUCUCUCUCUCUCUCUCUCUCUCUCUCUCUCUCUCUCUCUCUCUCUCUCUCUCUCUUUGACCCAGGCUCAUCAUCCCACUCUUCCUUCUCUCCUGCCCUCCCUGCAGACAUGGCCACGGUCCUUAUCAAAUGCACUCCCCCUGGAGAACCAACCCUACACCAGAGAUUGAACGGGACUCCCGCCCAGGCAAACCGGCGACCCAGGGACUCCCGCCCAGGCAAACUGGCGAACCAGGGACCCCCGCCCAGGCAAACCGGCGACCCAGGGACCCCCGCCCAGGCAAACUGGCAAACCAGGGACCCCCGCCCAUGCAAACCGGCGACCCAGGGACCCCCGCCCGGGCAAACCGGCGACCCAGGGACCCCCGCCCAGGCAAACCAGCGACCCAGGGACCCCCCGCCCAGGCAAACCGGCGACCCAGGGACCCCCGCCCAGGCAAACCGGCGACCCAGGGACCCCCGCCCAGGCAAACCGGCGACCCAGGGACCCCCGCCCAGGCAAACCGGCGACCCAGGGACCCCCGCCCAGGCAAACCGGCGACCCAGGGACCCCCGCCCAGGCAAACCGGCGACCCAGGGACCCCCGCCCAGGCAAACCGGCGACCCAGGGACCCCCGCCCAGGCAAACCGGCGACCCAGGGACUCCCAUCAUCUGUUAUGAAAAAAUAAUAAUAUACUGAACAAAAAUAUAAAUGCAACAUGCAACAAUUUCAAAGUUUACUGAGUAACAGUUCAUACAAGGAAAUCAGUCAAUUUAAAUAAAUGCAUUUGGCCCUAAUCUAUGGAUUUCACAUGACUGGAAAUACAGAUAUGCAUCUGUUGGUCACAAAUACCUUCAAAAAAUAAGGGGCGUGGAUCAGAAAAUCAUUCAGUAUCUGGUGUGACCACCAUUUGUCUCAUGCAGCGCCACACAUCUCCUUCUGAUAGAGUUGAUCAGGCUGUUGAUUGUGGCCUGUGGAAUGUUAUCCCACUCCUCUUCAAUGGCUUUGUGAAGUUGCUGGAUAUUGGCGGGAACUGUAACACGCUGUCAUACACAUCGAUCCGGAGCAUCCCAAACAUGCUCAAUUGGUGAUAUGUCUGGUGAGUAUGCAGGCCAUGGAAGAACUGGGACAUUUUCAGCUUCCAUUAUCAUGCUGAAACACAAGGUGAUAGCAGUGAAUGAAUGGCACGACAAUAGGCCUCAGGAUCUUGUCACGGUAUCUCUGCAUUCAAAUUGCCAUCGAUAAAAUGAAAUUGUGUUUGUUUUCCUUAGCUUAUGCCUGCCUAUACCGUAACCCUUAAAUUAACAUUUUUGGUAGAUAGAUUCAUUAUUUUAACAUCUCCAGAGUUCACUCUAACGUAGUCUAUUAACUAGAACGGGCAAGUUAUCUUUUCGGCGUAGAGAGCAUUUUGCUGUUGUAAAACAAAUUUUCACCAAUUCUAUGCAUUUUGCCAUUCGAAAGGCUAUGUUCUUCUGCUCAAAUAUUAUAAUAAAAUCAAUGGGUAUGUGGCCUGAAUGCCUGUUUAAUUAAACAAAUAUAUAUUA